CCACAGCAAAAACAAGAGAAAACAGCAGCGAAAAAAAGCCACAGCAAAAACAAGAGAAUCAUAGCAAUUCCGCUGCUCCAUUUUGUGUGUUGUGCAAAGUGCAAAGUGUAAAUAUCGUUCUGUCGUUCACCAAAUUCCGCCUUCAUCCGGAGGAUCUGCGUCGUCCCGUUUUCGUGUGCGCGUUACUUCUGCUGACGUCGUUGUUUUCGUCGUCCCCGUCGCCGUUGCCCGUCACCGUCUUGUGACUAUCCGUUUGCUGGCAGCGAGCGCAUUUGAAAAGAAAGUCGUAAAAUAUAGAAAAACUAGAUAGAAGGGGAGGAGUAGUCACCGCCGUCGACGUCACACAAACACACACACACACUCAUACACGUACGCACAGAGAGAGCUCCACACCGACACGGACCGACUGCAGCAGCGAAGCAACCACAACAACAAGAGAGCAGAGCAUUGCAGCAGUGGAGCAGCUUGCUUUGGAGCACUUAAACAGCAAUAAACAUAAAGACAAAAAACGAAACGAAACCAUAAUAAAAGCAAAGAAAACCUCUAGCCUUUGAACACAAUCCAAAUAAAAAAAAAAGUCACAAAAGUUUCUUGUGUGUGUAGCAAAAUAAAAACGAAACGAAAAUGAGAAAGCAAAAGGACGAUAUGCAGGUCAAUGUUGCCGGUCUACGCAGAAACAUCAAGAACCUAGCGCACAACUAUUCCGAUGCCCAGGUCAAAGUGCGCGAGGCCACCUCGAAUGAUCCAUGGGGUCCUUCGGCCGCCAUCAUGGGCGAGAUAGCGGAUCUCACCUACAACGUGGUGGCCUUCUCGGAGAUCAUGCAAAUGAUCUGGAAGCGUCUCAAUGAUCACGGCAAGAACUGGCGCCACGUCUACAAGGCGCUCAUCCUGCUCGAGUACCUCAUCAAGACGGGCACCGAGAAGGUCGCGCAGCAGUGCAAGGAGAACAUCUUUGCCAUUCAGACGCUGCGCGAGUUCGUGUACUUUGAGGAGGGCAAGGACCAGGGCACCCAUGUGCGCGAGAAGGCCAAGCAGCUGGUGAACCUCCUCAAGGACGACGAGCGGCUCAAGAACGAGCGGGUGAAGGCGCUGAAGGCCAAGGAGCGCUUUGCCCUCCAUCCCAGCGGCUUUGGCAGCGACGGCUACAUUGAUGGGCCCUCGCAGCGUGACAUGCCGCCGGGCUGGCAAGAGGAGCCGCCCAAAUCACAAUCGGAACUGGAAAUGGUCAGGCCACAGACCGCGGGAGAGGAGGAACUACAGCUGCAGCUCGCGAUGGCCAUGUCGCGCGAGGAGGCCGAGCAGGAGGAGGCCAAGCGACGGAGCGACGAUGUCCGCCUGCAGCUGGCCCUCAGCCAGAGCGAGCAGGACUUCAACGGCCAACCAAUUACCAGACCCAAGAAGGAAGAACCCCAGAGCCAUCUGCUGGACUUGCUGGACAUUUCGCUGGGCGCCACAAGCAUUUCGAGUCCGCCGCUGGGCGCUGCUGGCGGCGCCCCUGCGGGCGUUGUCGAUCCCUGGGCCACGCCCGGUGCCGCCCGUGCUCCCAGUCAGCUGUCGGACCCCUGGUCGGGCACCUCCUCGCCGCAAGUGGAUCCCUGGCACCCCUCGGCCGCACCGCGUACCAUCAUGGGCGCCGGUGUGCCCAUGAGCUCGGCCAUGGGAGGACCCUCAGGAAUGGGAGCCACAGCUAGCGGUGAUGCAUGGGGUCUGCGCACACAAUCACCUUCCGUGGCCUCCGGCUCCUCGAAUGAGGGUUGGCUGCAGACCAAUGGGAAUGCCAAUCAAAAUGGUCGCGGUGCCACGCCUGCAGGCGGCGCUCCCUUCGAGGCUCUAAUGUCGAGAACCACUGCAGGCAGUGCCUUGGCAGCGGCGCCUCCAGCGAACAACCAUGCCGGCAUCAAUGGCAGCGCCUCUGCGGACCCUUGGCUGGCAGAGCCAGCGGGUGCAGCAGCCAUGGUCCCAGCGGAUCCCUGGACACUGGGAGCACCGGCGCAGCCAGCGCUGGAUGAUCCCUGGAAGUCACUUGGAGCCGGAACGGGCGCUAUAAAGAAACAAUCCCCCGAGUUUGAUGAAUUCGAUUUGAUAACCAACCGCAACAAGAGCGCCGAUCAAAGCCAUUCGAAUGCCUCCAACAAUAACAACAAUGCUUCUCUGCUCGACGACAUGGAUCCGCUUUCGUUGAACUACGGCAAUGGAGCUGCCAUCAGCAGUCAAAGCUCUGUCCAUCCCUCGACAGGCGCAACCGCAAAGAAACCGCUCAAGGACCCGCACUCGUUCCUCGGCGAGAACUCGGCGCUGGUUAAUCUGGACAAUCUGAUCAAACCGAUAGCGCCACAAGCGCAAUCGGGCAAUGCCCCAGCCUACAAUCCAUUCAGCGACAACGUGAUGCCACCCAAAACGAAUCUAUUCCAGCAACAGCAGCCAGCCGUACCGUCCAUCAACCAGCUAAAACAGCAGGCGCCCUUUGCAGUCAGCAUGAACCAGGAUCCCUGGGCGCCCGUAAUGGGUGGCGGCGUCAGUCAGUCGCAGCUGAAACUACCGCCACCCGUGCGUCCGACUAGCCUCAAUUUGGGCAUGCCAAUGGCUUCUGUUUAUGCCCCAGGCAACGAAGAAUUUCAGCUAUUGAGUGCGUUUAGUAAUCCCGUCAUUUCCUCUGCCACACCACCCCACAAACAUCCCCACCCCCACCUCCAUCCACAGUCGAUGACGGAACAAAUCAAUACUUAUCCGUACAUCAGCAAGAGCCCCAGCAACACUCUGUGCAGCCAAACCAGUCCUGGGAUCGACAGCAUACGCAAUAUGGAUCUGUUCAGCGAGACGCCGCAGCGUCCCUACUUCAAUAGUCCCACAGCCCACGAAGCUGAACCGAGAUAUAUAUCCGAUAUGUACAACAGCAACAGCAACAACAACAACUUUGGCACUCCGGGGCUGUACUCAACCUAUGCGUCCAGCUAUAGCAGCGCCCUAUCCGAUUCGCUGGCCGAAACGCCGGGCAUCAAAAUUGCACCCAUGCAAUUACCCUUUGGGGAUAUAACUGAAGAUGUACGCAACUUUGGCAUGUCCACGGCUGCUGCCUGCAAGCUGGAACAAAACAACAACAUGCCUUGGAUCAAACCGGAAGCAGGAGCAACAAAUCCAUUUUUGUCAUAAGGAACAACAAGGACUCAGUAGCAAGAUUCGAGAGGUGUCAACGGAGAAGGGAGGCGAGUAGGAGUCCACCACUAGAACAAGAGAACCAGAGAAUCGACUGCUUGAGGCUUUUGGCUUUUGGCUGGUGUGCGCGGCGGUGCUGGUGCAAUGGCCGGCAAUAAAGAACCACAGUAACGACAGCAAACCACAGCAAUUUAGCUCUACCAACUGCAGAAAUAUGAAUUAAUUAAUAAAUUAUGUGUAAGAAAGUAUUAUUAAACUGUAAAAUAUGUGAUGAUACAACAGAGAGAGAAAGAGAACCAAGAGAGCAUUGACAGCCAACCACAACACACCAGACUGGGCCAGGACUCGCGCCACCACUCUGUCUCUGAACACUCUGGAAUCCUGUGCCCACAUUAAACCACAGAAUUUGAGUCUUGAUAACACGUUUGCAAUAACUGAAAUCACCCCACACACACACACACACACACACACAGAGAGACGCCACUCAACUAGCAAUGAAAUUAUUUUACUACUCUUCACACAUUCUAAUCGUAAUAGAAAGUUGAGUGGCGUGUGGCUGCUGUUGAGAUGGGAUUCGAGGCCCUUAGUAGAUACACACCACUCACACACACCCACACUGUUACAGAGUUGUUGGAGCUUUUGUAGAGUGGAGGCAAACACACACAAAAAAAAAAAAAAAAAAAAAACAAAAAAAUGCAGCAGCCAGGAGGAGAGUGCAGAUCGAAAACAAGAGUCCAAAACGAGAGAUGCAAAAAUGAAAACUAAAUGAGAAACAAAUUGUUAUAUAGCUUUAAAUUUUGCAUUGGU